UGACUAAUGGACGUCUUCACCAGCCUGGUCAAUGCGCAUAAGAAUGCCCCGCCCCGUAUGAAGUUGAUUGACAUCUUCAUGGUAUUUCUGGUGCUCUCGGGUGUGGUACAGUUUAUUUUUUGUCUAUUAGUUGGCAAUUUCCCUUUUAACGCAUUCUUGGGUGGAUUCAGCGCAACAGUUGGCCAGUUUGUUUUGCUUGCCGCGCUCAGAACUCAAGUGAACCCAGAAAAUAAAGAGGAGUUCCGAAAAGUAUCCCCUGAGCGCGCAUUUUGUGAUUUUGUCUUUGGAUCGCUCGUUCUUCACUUUAUUGUAUACCACUUUAUUAAUUAGUUUCAAGCCGUCUAAACUAUGUUCCAAUAGUUUUCGCGGGUAUAGUCUGCAGUUUGAGUGCGAAAUGCUCAAGGCUGAACCAAUCUCCGCCAUAAAGUGAUAUCAAAGACCUUGAGCCAUGUAGACCCAAUUAUGUUUUAACAGGUAUUUGACACUCAGCGACAUGUGGUCUUAGCGUGUCCCAUCAUUCGAGCGGUUAAGGUAAACUGAAUGAGGGCCCUGACAAGCCUAAUUCAACUAUCGGCCAAGGAAGCUCCUCCGACCUAAAAAGACCUUAUCCCUGAAAUACAUAUUAUUUUAGAAAUCAGCAUACAAUACAGCACCCGUUCCGCUUCUCCUCUUUCUUAACUGGCCUAGGGACGGGAUUACCUCGAGGAGCAGGAGCAGUAGCAGCCGAGACAGGACGUGCUUGCGACUGUGCUCUUUGGAACUUAAGUGUUUGCUUCGUAAGUGUUAAGAACGCCUCCUCAACGUUGACUCGGUUUUUGGCUGAUGUUUCGAAGAAAGAAAUCCCAAUGAGGUUGGCCGCGCGCUGACCCUCUUCGAAUGUCACCUCACGCUCGCUUUCGAGAUCGCUUUUAUUUCCCACAAGUACAACAGGGAACUUCUCGGUAUCUUUGAUGCGGAGAAUUUGUUUGUGGAAGGCUUGGGUUUCCUCGAAAGAAGAACGCGAUGUCACAGAAUAGACAAGAAGAAAAGCCAUGCCAGUUCGCAUAUACUGUUCCCUCAUAGCAGAAUACUCUUCCUGUCCAGCUGUGUCAAGAAUGUCUAGUGAAACCGGCUCGCUGUCAACAAUGCACUCCUUCCUAUACGAGUCUUCAAUAGUGGGGUCGUAUUCAUCGAUGAAGUGGCCCUGAAUGAACUGCACAGUUAAAGCACUCUUUCCUACUCCUCCUCCGCCAAUAACGACUACUUGUAUCUCCUUCUGCGGAGUUGAAGUCUGCACAACACUGCUUUUUCUAGCUGUUGACAUGAUUUCAAGAGCUGGCGAUGUGUGCGGCUGACAAAGCUAAUGGGAAUAUCACCUCCUCUCAGGGCGCAGCC